CAGUGUCUAGCAUCACAAUAGGUGCUUAACAUUUACUGAAUUAAAUUGAAUUUGCUAAACUUAAGUGAAUACAAAACGCAGGAAGGAAUGGUAUGUACCCUUCUGACAGGGAAGUUAUGGAAUGAGAAUGAUGUUUGGGCAGUUAUCCUAGGAAACGAGUGAAGCAGGGAGGGAGAUUGGCCAGCCUUUUAUCCACUAUACAAUGCUAUGUCCUUAAACGAUAUUUUAAUCAGAACUUGGUACAGGAAAAAUGUACAGAUCUGAGAUGCUUCAAUGUAUUUUAUUUCUUUUGAAUUAUAAUUUAAUCAGAACUUGGUACAGGAGAAAAGUAGAGAUCUGAGAGGCUUCAAUGUGUAUUUUAAGUUGUUUCUUUUGAGCACCACAUAAAUACUGCAUACUACAUAAAAAUGUGCAUAUUGGUCUUCACUUUUAGGUAGAUAUGUUGCAAUAUGUAAUUGAGAAGCCACUUUCACUGAUAAUUAGUUGGUGAAUCAAAGAAGACCCAACUUGACAAUUACAACUGUAAAAAUCUCUUUUAAAAAAUCUAAACGAAUUACUAUGAGAUUUGCCAAAAGAUUUUACAAAACAAGAACAAAUCAGUCCUACAAAAACCGGAUCCUUCAGAAACGAAUGAGAAAAAAACACUUAAAAAAGAGAACAAAAGAAUUAUAAAAAAUAACAACACGCUGAAUUAACGUUGUUCCCUAUGCCUGGAAUGCUCUACCAAUCUCCCUGGGCUUCCUUUGGAUCUCUGUUAAAAUCCUACCUUCCACAGGAAGCUUUCCCCAAUCCCUCUUGAUUCCAGUGUCUUCCCUGUGUUAAUUAUGAUUAUCCUCAUUUUACAGAUCAGGAAACCGAGGCUAGGUGCUAUGCACCGUGAGCCACCUGCCUGACCCUGCAAAGCUGCUCCCUUCCUGGCUCCGUCCCCGCCUUCUUCCAGGAGUUCCUCGUGCGGGGGAAGGCGGGAUGUGACGCUUGGCUUUUCUGCACAGAGCCCACGGCCUUCCGGACAGAUGCUCCAGAUAUCAGCGCCAGGAGCAAAAGCGAAACCAGGCGAGGGCUGGAUCGGCCCGGCCCCGCCCUCGCCCCGAGCAAGACGGCCGUUCAGCGGCCCGCUGGUGCCUGCAGGGGGCGCCAAGGGGCUCGGGACAGAGUCGCCCCCCGGCGGCGGGAGAAGGGGGCGCUAGCGGAGCGAGACCCAGGCCCAGCAUGGCCUCCGUGGUGGAAUACAAGGGGCCCAGGGAGGGUUACCGCUGCGGCUACUGCAACUCCCCGGCAGGCAAAGUCUCCAGCGGCAUGUGGGCACAUUCAAUGACAGUUCAGGAUUACCAAGCUCUUAUAGACCGUGGAUGGCGAAGAAGUGGCAAGUACGUAUACAAACCUGUUAUGAAUCAAACGUGUUGUCCUCAGUACACAAUAAGAUGCCAACCUUUACAUUUCCAGCCAUCAAAAUCUCAUAAGAAAGUUUUAAAGAAAAUGUUCAAGUUUUUGUCUAAAGGAGAAUUUUCCAGAGGGAAUAAUGAAGAAGAGCCCAUGGAUUCUCAAAUGGAUGAUGCUGCUGUGGAUGAUUUUGUUCUAAAAAGCAAGUUGGAGGUACAGUCUGACCAUAGACCCCUCAGUGAAGAUUAUAACAAGGUCAUAGAGAGUGAAGUGAAGGAGAAAGAAGAAAACUUGGAAGCUAAGGAAACUAAAGAAUUAAAUCAGUCACAUGCUAAAAGAGAGAAACUGGGGUCUGGUGAGCCAUCAAGUUCUGUCAGAGUUAUUCCCUCAGCUCCCAAACCAGGUAAAGGGGCUGAUUUGAGUAAGCCUCCAUGUCGAAAAGCAAAGGAUAUACGGAAAGAAAGGAAAAGGCAGAAACUCAUUCUUAAGAGUCAAACAGAUAAGCUUGAAGGCUCUCAAGUUCAGCGUGAACCACAACCUUUUCCCUCAGAAAAACCUAAAUUAAAUCAGCCUAAAUCCAUUGAAGAUUUCAUUUUUGACACCUUACCUGAGGAUGCUGCACAUCAAUUAGAGGUGAGGUUAGUACCUGUUUCCUUUGAGGACCCAGAGUUCAAGUCGUCCUUCCGCCAGUCACUCUCUUUAUAUGCCAAGUAUCAAAUGGCCAUACACAAGGAUACAGCAGCUGAGUGUGGGGAAGCCGAGUUCACAAGAUUCCUUUGCAGUUCACCACUGGAGGCAGAGAAUCCUCCGGAGGGACCUGACUGUGGUUAUGGAUCUUUUCAUCAACAAUAUUGGCUGGAUGGGAAAAUAAUUGCUGUGGGUGUCAUAGAUGUCCUUCCAUACUGUGUGUCAUCUGUAUAUCUGUACUAUGACCCUGAUUACUCAUUUCUGUCCUUAGGGGUCUACUCUGCACUCCGGGAAAUUGCUUUUACUAGGCAACUUCAUGAGAAAACGUCUCAACUCAGUUAUUACUAUAUGGGUUUCUACAUUCACUCUUGCCCCAAAAUGAGAUAUAAGGGUCAGUAUAGGCCUUCUGAUUUGUUGUGUCCAGAGACAUAUGUCUGGGUACCCAUUGAGCAGUGUCUGCCUGCACUUGAGAGCUCUAAAUACUGUCGUUUCAACCAAGAUACAAAAGCAGUUGAUGAAGAACGAGUUAAAGAGCUUGGCCGAUUACGGGUACUUUACAAGAGAACAAUUAUGCCUUACAACAUAUAUAAAAAACGACAGAAAGGACCAAGUGAUGAAGCCAUCGUUCAACAGUAUGCAGACUUGGUCGGACAGACCUGUUCAGAAAGGAUGUUACUGUUUAGAAGCUGAAAAAAAAAUUAUUAAAGAAUUAAUAUUCCACUCUCACUUUAGGUACUACAUGAUUGCACUCCAUUUUAUUAUGAUUAACACACUUCUAUAUUAAUAGAGCUGCAGGAUAAUAUUGCAACCAUCUAAAAUUAAGCAUCCUAUUUUAAUUAUUAUAUGACUCUCCUAAAAUAUUUAAAGUGAAAUGUUUGUAAAGUAUGUAAUAUAGAGAGACAUUUUUAAAAAAUAUGCCUAGAUAUUUAGUCUUAUACUUGAGAUUUUGGAAGAUUGGGGAUUUUUUUUUUAAUUCGAGCUACAUUAGAUUUGUCAUCUUUCGAUUCUUUAUGGUAAAUAAAAUUAUUAAGUUUCAUUUAAGUGAUUUGAAUCAUAGAUGUGCUUUGAUUUUUCAAAUCACAUUGAAAUGCAAAAUUAAAGCAUGGUAUUUGCCUGAACUGAGUUAAAAGACAGUAAUUUCAGUAAAAGAAAAUUUCCGAAAGGCACAUUUAGAAACUAUGGCAUUAUUUAGGUUUUAGCAUCCUUGUCUUUUUGGAGAAUAUAUGUCUAUGUUACCAAAUCCUAUGGGUUAUACAUUACAGAAUAAUCUUAUGUAAUGAAGCUGGAUAGUGCUUUUAAAAACAAAAACAGGAACAUUAGACAUUUUUAUUUUAAAUAUUUGAUCUGCUGAAAUUGCAGUAAAUCCUUGAAAGAUGGGUUUUUAGGCAACUGUUUAGUAUUUCUUAUGAUCCAAAUUCUAUACAAGUCAGAAGUUGAAUCAAAAAUUCCACGUUGGUUCUCUCCUUAGAAUAUGACACCUGACUUAGGUUAUUGAUGAAAAUUAAGUAUUAUCCUGCUACAUUCCUAGCUUUACUAAAGAAUAAUAUUUAAUGAGACAUGAAUCUGAAGGUACUCAUUCUAGUCUGAAUGCCUUCUGUCCAUUUCCUUAUCAUAAAAUUAAUUUGAAACUUUAUAGAAUGCAUAAUUAUUUUUCUAUUGUAACAGUCUAAAUUGGUAUUGUUUUUCUGACUUCUCUUGUCCCAAACUGCUUGUAUGACUUAUAUUAUUUAGGAAGAUGGGAUCACCCACCCAUCGAUGCAGAAUAUUCUUUUGAUCAAAAGCUGGGGCACGUCCCCUCCCCUGUUUCCCAUUCAGCAAGCCAGCCAGCCCCAAUUUUUACUGAUAGCUCCUUGUGUACUGGCCCCCACACGAUCUUUCUGCUCAUUCUUCAUUUCUGAAUAAAAGUAGGAGUUUGAAACUCAGUCAAAAGUCUUAUAUGAGAAAUAUACUGUGCAUUUGGUUUAGACUUUUGUAUAAGACAUGAUCUUCAGAUAUCAUAACUAAGAACACUUUUCACUUGACCCAAAUAAUAUUAAGUAAUGCGAGCAAUUUUUUUGCAUCCAAAUGAAGGCUGCCCCCUUCAAGGUCACUACUUUGGGAGGCCAUACACUUCUUCCAAUAAUGCUUCCAUUGCAAAAAGCAUUUGAGGACUCUUCUUUGGGCAAUUUGCUUCACAGAUUGUGGUACAUUGUUUUGAUUAUCCACAGUGGUGGUAAGUAUUAAUAUUUUUUUUGGUCAUAAAUAAAAUGUGGCUAUUAUUAAGUAAUGAGACUGAUUUCUUGCAUGACUUAGACAUAAACCAAUUUUAACAGCAGUUCCUAAAGAUAAGUUCCAAAAAUAGUUUGAGCAGUGUCAGCAUUAUUGAAAUGAGCUUCCAAGAUGUCUACUGUGAAUGACAACUUUUGUGCAAAUGUGUAAGUCCUGUUUCUUUAAAGGGAAAAAAAACACCUCAUAACUUUAUAAUGAUACUUUAUCAUGUAGUAUUUGGAAAGAACCAUGAAACCUAAGACUAAAAGUUACUCUUUUAGCACCAUGCAAUAAAAGUCCCCUCUACUGCAAAAUCCAGUGUAGGCAACAUUCUUUGUAAGGGGAUUCAUUAUUGGCAGAACACAUAAUUUCUAACAUUGACCUAUUUUAUAGAUUCCUGAGCCUAGCACUGUAGCAUGGUUUUAGUGAAUUUACAAAACAAAUUGGAUUUGGAGUUCACUUAUCCAAAGGCUAUAUUCAUACAGUCUUCUCUUUAAGAUUAACCUGAACACAAUUUUUUUUGAAGUAAAAGUUUUGUUCUUUUACCCCAAAGUUUGCAGAGAUUAGAAGGGCUAUGUUGGGGAAAAGGAACCCAAAAAAGAGGUAUCUGAGGUUUGGGGUUAGCAAGCCAUUCUGUUUAGAAAUUGACCUGUUAUUAUUAUGUUGGUAUUCAUUAGUUUAAGGGCAUCACAAGAACCAUUAAAAAAAAAGUCAUAGCAUUUAGUUUCAAAAAUUUGAAUCUACUACUGUAUUAGUGACCCUUUCACAUUAUGAAUAAAUUGAUGCCUUCAUGUCAUGGGAACAGAGCUGUAGGAUAUGUCUCCCAUUUCAUUUUCAUUUUAUUUCUGCUUUCUCAGCUUUAUACUAUCUUAAAAAAAUGUUUAUUUGGGUUUUUGAUGCUCCAAAACAUUGAGGUUAAGUUCUAAUGCCUAUAUUCUUCUUGGUUUCAGUUAUUUAAGUGAGGAAUUAUUAUUAUAAAUCUAAGUAAGUCUUCAACACUGUUUAGUCUAUUUUAAAAAUUAUUUUGAUAAUGCCAAGUGCAUGUAUUAUGUUUAAUGUAGAAUAUAUGACUUAAAUGAGCUAUUCAGAAUGUCUGAAUAACAUUAAGGUUUAAUUUUUAAGCAGCAAAUUAUUUUAGUAUAAAUAAGGAAAAUGACUAUAAUUGCCAGGUAACUAAAAGUUACUAGUGUUGUCAACUUGAAAUGAAAAAGGAAUAGUAAUAAUUGAAAAAUGCUAUUUUAAUUUGUAGUAACUGUGAGUAUAUUCAUUUUCAGUGAAUGUAAGAUGAGAACUACGUAUUGUGAAUUUAUUGCUUUUGUAAAUGCUUUUUGAACACUCUACUUGAUGAAACUUAAUGGAAAAAAAUAAAGCUAUUUCUAUCUACUA